AUGCGUCCUGGACGUCGCCACGAUAAUAUUGAGGCGACGCUUGCUUUGCGUAGUCCCCUGCUGGACGAAUUUAGAGCGAACAAGACACGUAAGUGGGAGCUCAGGGAUAUUUUUGGUUACGUGGUCGAAUUCAGCGGUGACCAACAUGGUUCGCGGUUCAUACAACAAAAGUUGGAGACCGCAACGUCCGAGGAGAAGCAAACCGUUUUUGAUGAAAUUGUCCCUCACAAUGUCCUGCAGCUCAUCCAGGAUGUCUUUGGAAACUAUGUCAUUCAAAAACUGUUUGAGCAUGGAACACAAGUGCAGAAGACUAUACUGGCCAAUACGAUGGAAGGUCACAUUCUGGCGUUAUCCCUUCAAAUGUACGGUUGCCGUGUCGUUCAAAAGGCUGUCGAGUUCAUUUUGCCAGAGCAACAAGGGGCCUUCGUGAAAGAACUCGAUCCGCACGUGCUCAAGUGCGUCAAGGACGCGAAUGGCAAUCAUGUCAUCCAAAAAUUGAUCGAACGCGUUGCUCCUGAUCGACUGAACUUUGUCAAUUCAUUCCGUGGAAACAUUUACGACCUCUCUACUCAUCCGUAUGGAUGUCGCGUACUCCAGCGAUGCUUUGAGCACCUACCAGAGGACCAAACUAGGCCAUUGAUGGACGAGUUGCACAAGUACAUGAUCAAUCUGAUGCAAGACCAGUUUGGCAAUUAUGUUGUUCAAUUCGUACUCGAACAAGGUAAACUGCAUGAUCGCGGCCAGGUUAUCGCCAAGCUACGUGGGCAAAUGUUGAACAUGGCACGCCAUAAGUUUGCGUCGAAUGUUUGUGAGAAGGCUCUUGUAACUGCAUCACCUGAGGAGAGGCGCGCUUUGGUCGAGGAGAUCAUGACACCGAAGGCCGACGGUGUUACUCCCAUUGUGUCCAUGAUGAAGGAUCAGUUUGCAAACUACGUUUUGCAACGGGCCUUGACCGUUGCCGACAGCGAUCAAAAGGAGCUACUGGUAGCCAAGAUUCGCCCCCAGCUCGUCAGCAUGCGCCGGUAUUCUAGUGCCUACAGUAAACAUCUGACUUCUAGUGAGUGA